GCCUUCAAAUUUAGCUUCAGUUCAGUUUUCUUUCGCCAGCUUUGCUUCUCUUCUCUCCCUUUGAUUCCGAUAUUACCAAUACUCUUCCGCCACCGCUACAGUCGGCGGCGGCGGUGCUACGGCUAGAGACGCAAGGAGUUUUCGUGAACGACCAAUUCUGAUUGAGUCAUGGCUCUGAAAACAGAUUUUCAUAGUUUCCUUCGUCAGUGCGGUGGAUGCGCCGUCAUCGACGGCGGACUAUCGACGGAGCUCGAGCGUCACGGCGCUGAUCUCAAGGAUCCUCUUUGGAGUGCUAAGUGCCUCAUAACUUCGCCUCAUCUAAUUAGCAAGGUUCAUUUGGAUUAUCUCGAAGCAGGUGCAAAUAUCAUCAUAUCUGCCUCUUAUCAGGCUACUCUGCAGGGAUUUGAAGCUCGAGGCAUUUUCGGGAGAGAAGGAGAAGCCUUGCUAGAAAAAAGUGUUAAGGUAGCUUGCGAGGCUCGAGAUUUAUAUCACAACAGACUCAACAAAGGCUCAUUCGACAUUUCUGGAGAUGGAAUUAUAAGGCAGCAUCCGGUUUUGGUUGCUGCUUCUGUGGGAAGCUAUGGAGCUUAUCUAGCAGAUGGUUCUGAGUAUAGAGGAGUUUAUGGAUGUGACAUAAGUGUAGAAACCUUGAAAGAUUUUCACCGUAGAAGGGUGCAGAUUUUGGUUGAUUCUGGUGCCGACUUGAUUGCAUUUGAAACUAUUCCGAAUAAACUUGAAGCUAAGGCAUAUGCAGAGCUUCUUGAGGAGAAGACCAUCAACGUUCCGGCAUGGUUUUCCUUCACUUGCAAAGAUGACACCAAUGUCGUCAGCGGUGAUUCAAUUGAAGAUUGUGCAUCUAUCGCUGAUUCUUGUGAGAAAGUUGUUGCAGUCGGGAUCAAUUGCACGGCUCCACGACAUGUUCAUGGAUUAAUCAAGUCAAUUCGAAAGGCGACAAAGAAACCAAUUCUCGUGUACCCCAACAGCGGCGAGACAUAUGAUGCCGUAAAAAAGGAAUGGAUGCCAUCUACCGGCAACGGCGAUAAAGAUUUUGUGUCGUACGUUGGCAAAUGGCGCGUUGCUGGGGCUGCUUUAAUCGGAGGCUGCUGCAGAACUACACCGAACACCAUUAGAGCUAUUUCGAAGAUCCUCGGUAGCUACUGAUCCAAGGUUGCAUUGCCGGCCAGAGUUUCCUUCCGACGACUGCCUACCUGUCAAUAAUAUUAUUUACUUUUGCAGCUGAAUUUAUGUAUAAUGUAUUAAUAGGGAUGGCAACUGGACUAGCCCGGAACACAGUCUUUCUCGUAAAAUAUUUAUAUAUUUAGUUUAUAUCGA